CCCCAGGCCUAAAUUGGCUUGGCGCGGCCUGGGUGUCUUCGGCUGCGACUCUUUCGGCGGGCGGUGACGCUCCUUCGCCUCGCCCUUCCUCUAGCAGAGUCUCCCAGCCAGUGCGCCCCAGGCUCCGUGAGCAUGAGCGUGGGCUUCAUCGGCGCGGGCCAGCUGGCCUGUGCGCUGGCCCGGGGCUUCACGGCCGCGGGUGAGCGCGUGGGGGCCCCCGGCCUGGGCUGCACCCAGCAGCGCAUCCUGUCUGCUCACAAGAUAAUAGCCAGCUCGCCGGAAAUGGACCUGCCCACCGUGUCGGCGCUCAGGAAGAUGGGCGUAAACCUGACCCGCAGCAACAAGGAAACUGUGCGGCACAGCGAUGUCCUGUUCCUGGCUGUGAAGCCACACAUUAUUCCCUUCAUCCUGGAUGAGAUCGGGGUGGAUGUGCAGCCCAGGCACAUUGUAGUCUCCUGUGCAGCCGGUGUCACCAUCAGCUCUGUGGAGAAGCUAAUGGCAUUCCAGCCGGCCCCCAAAGUGAUUCGCUGCAUGACAAAUACACCUGUGGUGGUGCGGGAGGGUGCCACUGUGUAUGCCACUGGCACCCAUGCCCUUGUGGAGGAUGGGCAGCUCCUGGAGCAGCUGAUGAGCAGCGUGGGCUUCUGCACGGAGGUGGAAGAAGACCUAAUCGACGCCAUCACAGGGCUCAGUGGCAGCGGGCCUGCCUAUGCAUUCAUGGCCCUGGACGCGUUGGCUGAUGGUGGGGUGAAGAUGGGCGUGCCUCGGCGCCUCGCAGUCCGACUGGGGGCCCAGGCCUUGCUGGGAGCUGCCAAGAUGCUGUUGGAUUCGGAGGACCAUCCAGGCCAGCUCAAGGAUAACGUCUGCUCCCCUGGAGGGGCCACCAUUCAUGCCCUGCACUUCCUAGAGAGUGGGGGCUUCCGUUCUCUGCUCAUCAAUGCAGUUGAGGCCUCCUGUAUCCGAACACGGGAGCUGCAGUUCAUGGCUGAUCAAGAAAAGAUCUCCCCAGCUGCCCUUAAGAAGACCCUCCUGGACAGAGUGAAGCUGGAAUCUCCCAUGGUGUCUACACUGGCCCCCUCCAGCCCAGGGAAGCUCCUUACCCGGAUCCCAGUCCCAGGAGGCAAGAAGGACUAAGGUACCCUCUGCCCUCCUCCCAGUGACCCACAACGGUUGGCAGAGCUCCCAGCUGUGCAGGCAGGGGGCACGUCCAGGCUUUUCAGGUCCUGGUGAUAAAAACUCGAAUUUCUUCACACCAAGCAGCUCUGGUUUCUUCUCAUAUCCCAUGUGAGAAGAUGCUCUGAAGGGAUUUUGACACUGGAAGCUAGACACCGUGUACACUUCCGUCUGUUGGUGGAGAGAGGGGCUGGUACCUGUGUCAGCUCCCAGCUUAGUCCAAAGGUCUGGUCCUUCAGCUGGAGUCAAGGAGGUGAGAGAAAUAACAUAAAAAGGAUUCUCUAAAUUUGGAGAAGUGAGAAUCGUUGUAAUCAGGGCCAGGGAUUUAGCUCAGUGGCACUGUGCCUGCCUUGCAAGCGCAAGGUCCUGAGUUUGAUCCCUGGUACCAAAUAAAAGAAAAAAAAAGAAUUUUUCUAAUUAGAAGUGUGUGGCAUGCUAUGCCUGUGUUUGAUCCUUGUUUCAUGGAUGUAUCAUUUAGAAAGUGUUAUCUAGUGCUGAGUGUAGCUGCUUUAAUAAAGUUUUCUGCUUUUCUUA